AUGUUCAUUAUUAAUAAAACGCCUAAUACUAUUACUUUAUCUUAACCAGAUCUACAAGAAUAUUAGGAUUUCUUUAAUCAUGAGGAUCCCCGAAAGAAUUAAAGUGUUACAAUUUAUGAUAGAAUUAAAAAGGUUAAAUCAAACCAAAAUCAAAAUUUAUAAUUAUCAUCAAAAUUAUCUAAUUUAUCAUUAACCAAAACUACUUUCAAUAAUAUCAAUACCCUUUAUCAAUUUACAAAAAAGUAUUACAGUUAUUUUCUAUUUUGAAGAACUCUAAAAUAAAUUAAUUAAAAAUAGGAAAUAACUCUCAGUUAAAAUUUUGUCACUUCAAUGAAAGAAUCAAAUUUAUUUAUCUAUAAUGUAGCCUAAAAAAUUUCAACAUUCAUCAAAACUGAUAAAGUAACUACCACCUCAUAAGAUUAUUGGGAAUUGGGUGUAAUAAUUGAAAUCUAAAUGCUUAAAAAAGAAAUCCCAUUAAAAUUCACAGUAUCCAAAUCAUAACACUGGAUCAAGGGAUGA